AGUAGAAUGUCUGCAGUGGAACUUCCAGAUGUAAAUAUUAAAAUAUAAAAUACUAGAUACGUUUAUAUUCAAAUAAAUCAAGCACGAGACAAAGUAAAAAGAAUGAUUACGAUAAAUAUCGAAAGUUAGCUGUGAUUAAGUCUGUUGAUAAACUAAUAAAAAAAAAUGAUCUAUAAUCAGUUUUAGGUUUUGAUGAUGAUUAUUAUCCAAAAUAAAUAGAAGAUUAGAAGGUUUUAUAAUUAGUUAUGGUAGAAAGUAAAUGAAGCACAUGAAGUUCAUGUUAAUCUGACAGAUUUAAAAAAAAGUUGUGAUUCAAUGAAAAUUAAUGGGAUUAAAAAGGAAAAAGAUAUAGAAAAUAUGAGAAAGGAGAUUGAUUAAAUGACAAUUUAAGUAGACCAAUAUAACUAAACUUAAAAUAAUUUAUAAGUGAAAGAGAAAGAAUUGCAGUAAAAAUUGGAAGACUAACAUAAACUUUUAAGUGAAAGUUAAUAUGAUAGGAAAAUCUUUGAACAUAUGUUAAAUAGAAUGAAGAAAGAUCAAUUGGUCUACUAACUUAGAGCAAACUAAUAUGAAAGACAUCUUUAAUUAGCUCUUCAAUAAUUUCAUAGUAGCACAUAUAAGUAAAAUAAUCAUCUAUAUAUUCAGAACUUAAUAAAUUUAAGAAGUAUAUAGUAAAACUUUAAUGGCUUUAAAAGAAGUUACAGAAGGCAUUCAAUAACAAAAUAAGAAUAGAGAAAAGAAUUUAUAAAGAUUUAAAGAUGAUUUAAGAUAAAGAUAAGAUAUAGAAUAGAAGAGAGAUGAUAGAAUAAAAAGAUAAUAAGAAAUUGCUGAAGUAGCAGCAAAAGAUAUAAAAGACAGUGCAUUGAAAAAAUGGAGAAAAUUACUUUUAGUUCAUAAAUUUCUAAAUUCAUUUCUAAAAAACAAAAUGUAAAGAGGAAUUGCUUAAUAUUAAGAUUUAGAAAUGACAUUUUAAAAGAUUAAAGCAUCAACAGGUAUUACAGAUGCUAAUGAUAUUGUUUAAAAGUUUUUAGGAAGAGAAUAAACUUAUGCACAUCUUUUAAUUUCAAUAUCAGAUUAUGAAAAAAAGAUUAAUGCAUUGAAAAGUGAAAAUUAAGAACUCUUAACUUCAUUUUCUAAUUUAAAAUAAUAAUAUACUGAUAUGGAUAAAGAAUUUUAAGUUGAAACAUAUAGAUAAAAAGAAGAUUAAUUUGAAUAAGAUAAAUUAGUUUAAGAAGUUGAAGAGAAAGCUACAAUAGCUGGAUUAUUAGAGAAUAAACUUAGAAAUUGGAUGUCAAGAGGAUUAAAAAAAUUAGGAUUAUAAAAAAAUUAAGGAUUUUAAGCCAUUAUAGAUGUUGUUAAAGAAAAACUACUUAAUUUAUCUGUGACAGUAUUUAUUUUCUAUUUUAUUUUAGCAAUAAUAAGAAUUAUUAAAUAAAUCAAUUGUUAAUGCAGUUUCUGAUAUUAAUGAUUAAGAGUUUUUGAAAAGAAAUGUAAGAGUAAAACCAAAAAAAUAACUUACAUAAUCUCAUACUAAUCAUUCAAUGGAUUAAUCUUCUAUUAAAGAUGAUGAAGAUAUGUUUGAUGAAUUACCAAUUAAAGAAGAUGAAGAGGAUGAAUUAGAAGAAGAAAAACUUAUAGAAUAAUUAAGAGAAGAAAUUAAAGUUAAAAAUCACAAAAAAUGA